AUGACGCCAUCUGCCUCUUCUUCUUCUUCUUUUCGGGCGAAACUGGAAGUCCGCAUCACUUCCACAGAAACCAUAAAGCCCUCCUCACCAACGACUCCCCGCCACGACGCCACGUUCAAGCUGUCGCUGAUGGACAACUACGCUCCUCCACUGUACAUGCCGUGCGUCUUCUACUAUCCUCAGCGGUCCAGCGAGUCAGAAAGUUCCGGAGACAGAAGAAUAGACAUCCUCAAAUCCUCACUCGCCGAGGCCCUCACGCGCUUCUACCCGCUGGCCGGGAGGCUGGGCGAAGCCGAUUCGAUCCCGGCCGUCCAUUGCAACGACGCGGGCGUCCCGUUCUCGGUCGCGAAAGUCGUCCACGGUGGCACCCUGGCCGCGUUUCUCGGCACGGCUCCCGAGCCCGACUCGCUCGCCCAGUUCCUCCCUUUCCCGGCGGACCAGCUCAGCACCGCGGCAGCGAUCCAAUGCGCCCCGCAGACGGCGGUGAGGGCUACCGUGUUCCCCUGCGGCGGGGUUGUCGUCGGGACCUGCUCCUUCCACAAGAUCAUGGACGCCCGUACUUUCUUCGACUUCAUGCUCCUCUGGUCCGCCGUCGCCAGAGCAGGUGGAGGAGGAGGCGGGUGGGGGUACGCGCACAAUCGCGCCGCCACGGAACUGUUCCCGGCCCGUCCAGGCGACGCGAACCCCACCACCUUCGAUUUUGGAUCCGAACAAGGGGAAACCAGGGUGACGAGGAGGUUUGUGUUCGAUGAGGAAGCCAUUUCCUCUCUCAAAGCCAUCAGUAGGAGUGAGCACGUGCCCAAUCCAACCCGGUUCGAAGCCGUCGGAGGAUUCACCUGGAAAUGCGCCAUGAAUGCUGCCGCCACCGCCAGAGCAUCAGCAGGGGGAGAGCCGGUAACGAUUCAUUCCGUUGCAGUCUAUCAAACAUAUUUCUUGAAUAUCAACGGAUUUAACAAAGUCAUUCUAAGAAAUGUGAUUUUGACUGCAGUGAUGGCAACGGACCUUCGAGGUCGAAUGAAGGAGCCAUUGCCGGAUUACUCCAUUGGCAACGUAGUAUGGCUUUCCCCCGUGUGGCACAACUAUAGCCAAAACCUGAGCGAAGCACUGGUGUUGCAACAACUGGCGACCGAACUGAGGAGGUCGAAGGGAGCGACGGACGACGAGUUCAUGGAGAAGAUAGAAGGCGGGCAUGGGAGGGAAGAGUUCAUGAGAAACGGGGAGACGAUGUGGAAGGCAUUGAUGGCGGGUUUUCACGCCGAAACAGAGAGUAGUAGUUGUAGUAAGACGAUGGUGGUUGGGAUAUCGAGUAUCGUCGGAAUCAGACUUUACGACGUAGAUUUUGGAUGGGGAAAGCCUGGGUGGGUCAGCAUGACUACAUAUGCAAAUCAAGCACCCAAUUCGGUCCUGCUGAUGCCGUCGCCCAAAGGACAUGGAAUGGAGGCUUGGGUCACAUUGGGCGAGCAAGAAAUUGCCAUGUUACAACGUGAUGAUUCUGAUCUCCUUGCUUAUGCCAAAAGGAAUCCAGCUCUUUGA